AUGUCCCCUUCCCUGCUUUGCCCCAUCCCCUUCUCUGCUUCCCCCCAUCCCCUUCCCUGCUUUGCCCCAUCCCCUUCCCUGCUUCCCCCCAUCCCCUUCCCUGAUUCCCCUGAUCCCAUUCCUUGCUUCCCCAUGUCCCCUUCCCUGCCUUCUCCCAUCCCCUUCCCUGCCUUCUCCCAUCCCCUUCCCUGCUUCCCCCCAUCCCCUUCCCUGCUUCCCCCCAUCCCCUACUCUGCUUCCCCCCAUCCCCUUCCCUGCUUCCCCAUGUCCCCUUCCCUGCUUCCCCCCAUCCCCUACUCUGCUUUCCCCCAUCCCCUUCCCUGCUUCCCCCCAUCCCCUUCCCUGCUCUCCCCCAUCCCAUUCCCUGCUUCCCCAUGUCCCCUUCCCUGCCUUCCCCAUGUCCCCUUCCCUGCCUUCUCCCAUCCCCUUCCCUGCCUUCCCCCAUCCCCUUCCCUGCUUUCCCCCACCCCCUUCCUUGCUUCCCCCCAUCCCCUUCCCUUCUUCCCCAUGUCCCCUUCCCUGCUUUUCCCCAUCCCCUUCCCUGUUUUCCCCCCUCCCCUUCCCUGCUCCCCCCUGUCCCGUCCCCUGCUUCCCCCCAUCCCCUUCCCUGCUUCCCCCCAUCCCCUUCCCUGCUUCCCCCCAUCCCAUUCCCUGCUUCCCCCCAUCCCAUUCCCUGCUUCCCCCCAUCCCCUUCCCUGCUUCCCCUUGUCCCCUUCCCUGCUUUCCUAUGUCCCGUUCCCUGCUUCCCCCCCUCCCCUUCAGUGCUUCCCCCAUUCCCCUUCCCUGCUUCCCCCCAUUCCAUUCCCUGCUUACCCCCCUCCCCUUCCCUGCUUACCCCCCUCCCCUUCCCUGCUUUCCCCCCUCCCCUUCCCUGCUUUCCCCCUUCCCGUUACCUGCCUCCCCCCAUUCCCAUUCCCUCUUUCCCCAUAUCCCCUUCCCUGCUUUCCCCCUUCCCCUUACCUGCAUCCCCCCCAUUCCAUUCCCUGCUUACCCCCCUCCCCUCCCCUGCUUUUCCCCAUACCCUUCCCGCCAAACCAUUCCCUGCUUCCCCAUGUCCCUUCCCCUUGUCCCCUUCCCUGUUUUCCCCCCUCCCCUUCCCUGCUCCCCCCUGUCCCGUCCCCUGCUUCCCCCCAUCCCCUUCCCUGCUUCCCCCCAUCCCCUUCCCUGCUUCCCCCCAUCCCAUUCCCUGCUUCCCCCCAUCCCCUUCCCUGCCUCCCCAUGUCCCCUUCCCUGCUCCCCCCAGCACGUGGUGCUGCUGCCUUUGUAGAUAGCUAG